AUGAUGGCCAAAGGGUCGCUGUCUCAUCCUAAAGUACCCAGCAAGGAUAGCAGCGUCCCUCUUGACGAUAACUUCGAAGAGAUCGUCAUUGGAUCAUCAAUCAAGCCGCAGGUGCCUAAGGUUAUUCCCUCUCUGUCUCCUCCUCGCCAGGUUAUACAAUACCCGGAAGCGUCCCAUUCCCGUCAUCUGCUGGUUUACCGAAAGCCGAUCCAGCUGACUCCAAAACAACCUCAGCGAACCCCGACACAAACUCCCAGGCAAACUCCCAGGCAAAUCCCACAAUUGAAAUUAGACGAAGCUACUCAGCAGCCUCCAGUGACCCCACAACAACCUCAACAACAUGACUCUCCGCUACAGUUGAGUUCCUCGGCCAUUCCUGAAUCUGAAGAAUUGGCUGCUGGCUUUGAUUUUGACACCAACACUGAGAAUGCAUCACGCGGGGUUCGGCACUCACAAGCCAGAGCACCUCUGAUUCGCCUCAACCGACUCUCUUUUGGUGGUGCCAGCUACGCCCUUGAUCAAUCCCCGAUUGCCGCACAACUGCCACCGCUGCGGUCCCUGUCUACCAGACGGGCCCUGCUAGUUGGUUCCAGUUUGACCAACCAUGAUCAAAACAACACUAUUCCUCAAGCAAACCGCACCCCAUCGCUGAUGACACCUCUGGCACGUCUUAAACUUCGUCGACUUCAAAUUGCUGAUCUGCUUAAGCUGCCUCAACAACUGUCAUUGCCUGUGGACGACGAUGACGAUGUUAUCGACCUGCUGAUGCCGGUAUACAAUGUCCCUCUCUCCCAGCCAUUGACUCUGAUCAACCAAGGUGAAAAAUUCACUUUCGGCAACGACAGCCGGAAUCUGCUGUUGGCUCUGCUGAGACUGCUGCUGCUAACGCUGAACAAUAGCGACAAAAUUGAGCUGCCCGAAACCACCACCACUUCUAUUGCUAGCACCAGUGCUGAUACUUCAGCGUUGGAUCUUGGACAUAUGAACAAAGAUGCCCAGCGUUUGACAAUGAUGUUCAGUCAAAACGAAGCACAACAACUCUGUGAACAAAACCGCCAGCGCCGGCUGAUGCUUGCAAGCUGCAAACGUUUGCUGAUGAUGCCAAUGCUGGAGGAAUUGUUGGCGACGGUUAAGGAAAAGUCCAACUCUCCCGUCGAAGCUUCAGCUCCUGCGCCGGCGCCUUCUCUUGCCGAAGUCAAGCAGCUUUCAAGUGAACUGUCGAAGUACUUUAGUUACACGCGGCCAACCUGGUUGCCCCCGAAGCUGAACAAGGACAAACUUCGCCACCAGAAACAACUGGAGCAUUUGAUUUAUCAAGCGCUUCUCAAAGAGCUGCAAGAACAGGCCAAGACCACUCAGCGCCUUGAGAAGAUUGGUCGCUUAAAAGUCAAAGACACUGAGCGCUGGCGCCAGUUGCUGGAUAUGACUAUGGCUCGCUAUAAAGUGGAAGCCUCUGUCGAUGAUAUGGUGUGGAGAGGUAUCUCUCCUGAAGUCCGUCCGCGUGCUUGGUGGAAGGAACACUUGGCUCAAACUCUGGAACAUCAAUGGGAUCAACAAUUCUGUGAACACUACUUCCAAAUCUAUGAUACCAAAAUCAUGCCGAACUUGCAAAAGUUUGAUGAGCUUCUGCUGGAGUUGCACCGCGUCAGCACAGCACUUGAAGUCUAUCGCCACGGGUCGGCUCAUCACGCAUCAACAAUUGCUCGUUUCGAGGAACAAGAACGGAGGGGUACUGUUAAGCUUGAAGAAUUAAAGGAAUUGGUUGUCACGGAUAAUGGUGCCACCAUUGGCGAGCUUAAGUUCAUAUUCGAUGAAAUAAUGAGGGAGCUUGUUGAUGUAUUCCCGGAUGUGAACUUUUUCCAAGGUUUCGAUGUGAUGCACAAGUUGUGUCGGAUCCUUAUUGCCUUCGUCGUGUACUUGCACGAUUGCCAAGCCGGAAGUGGAGCUCCCGUCAGUGACUUCUACUUCCCCGAGAUCACGCCUUUGGUGUCGGUCUUCUUUUACCAAUUCAGAAACUCUCAAAAGGCAUUGGCUCAAGUCUGUCAAGUAUACCUGCGUCGUCUUUUGCAGAUGGUGUUGGGUUACAAGGUUGCUCAACGCCAGGUGAAGCGGUACACCGAACUGGGUCAGUUGGAACGAGAACAAGCUGCCAAAAUUUCACUUUCAGUGAUGACUAGUUCAUUACAAAACUAUUUCUUGGACAAGUUUGAGUUACUGCUUAACCGUAAUUGCAACCGGUUGUACACCCACUUCAAAGUCAUGGGAAUCAAGCCGAUGGAUUACUUACCAGAGUUGAUCUUGGGUUUAUUUGCUAACAAGUUUAAUUUCAACUUGACCUGUCACGUUCUCGAUAUCUUCUUAUUCAAUGAUGACGAGGUUAUGAUCAAGUUGGUCUUGGGAUUGAUGCAACUGAUCAAUCACAAGUUGUUUGGGAACAGGCGCGAAGUUGUUCUGUUAUUGCACGGCCAGGGUUUGGCUCGUGCCGACGACGCUCGCGGGAUAUAUCGCUACUUCAAUGUCGGCUACGAUCAUGAGUAUGUUGACAAAGCGAGGACAAUUAAAAUCUGCUAA